AUUCAGUAAUGAGAGAAUUGAUUUUUUUUCUUCUGGCUUCAUGGAGAACUGAUUUGAUAGUAGAAACGAGGGCACCUCUCUCUUGCUACAUGUAAGGUUUGAGCUCUCUGUCUUAGUGACAGUUGGUGAAAGAACAUUGCUGAUUACGGACCUAAAGGAAUUAUUGGCAAGCACCAGCAUGAAGACCCUUGGUGUUUCAAAACCUUUUUGUUCACACUCAAGAUGCCUUCAGUCUGUUUAAAGGGAAAAACCAUCAUUUCCCGGGCAGACUGUUAAGUCUACCAAAGGUCUUGGAAAUUUCAGUUGACAGUGUUGAGUACCAGUUUUGAGAACUCAGACUGUAUGUAUCCAGGUUUCAAGAAACAAUUGUUAUGACAACCAGCAGCCAUUCAUGUCGGACACCUAUUGCUAACAGCCAUAUGAGUCGUUAUCCAGUGGCUCCAUUCCCUUUUAUCUUCCCUCAUUUACUCGGUGGAUUCUCAUCUCCUUCAAUAAAUGGACUUCAAAAUCAUCCACAUGCAAGUGGAUGCAGUACCCCCUCUCCUGCAACAAUUGAAACACAGAGUACCAGCUCUGAAGAGAUUGUACCAAGUCCACCAUCUCCGAUUCCACCUCCACGGGUAUACAAACCUUGUUUUGUGUGUCAGGACAAGUCAUCAGGCUAUCACUAUGGAGUCAGUGCCUGUGAAGGCUGCAAGGGUUUCUUUCGGAGAAGCAUCCAGAAAAAUAUGGUGUAUACAUGUCACCGAGAAAAAAGCUGUGUCAUCAACAAGGUUACCAGGAAUCGUUGCCAGUACUGCCGUUUGCAGAAGUGCUUCGAAGUGGGCAUGUCUAAAGAGUCAAGCAGACAGCAGGGACCUGGCGAUGUGACGUCACAAUGCCGCAAAGGAGAUUCUGAAAGGAGUUUGGGCAGAGGCCUGCUGAUUCCAACCGUAAGAAAUGACAGAAACAAAAAGAAAAAGGAGACACCGAAGCAAGAAUGUUCGGAAAGCUACACAAUGACAGCAGAGUUGGAGGAUCUUAUUGAAAAGAUUCGCAAAGCUCACCAGGAGACCUUCCCUUCUCUUUGUCAGCUGGGGAAAUAUACUACAAAUUCCAGUGCUGACCACCGGGUACGACUUGACCUGGGUUUGUGGGACAAAUUCAGUGAACUUGCCACAAAGUGCAUUAUCAAAAUAGUGGAGUUUGCUAAACGACUGCCCGGCUUCACAAGCUUGACCAUUGCAGAUCAGAUCACUCUGCUGAAAGCUGCCUGCCUGGACAUCUUGAUUCUCCGAAUCUGUACCCGAUAUACACCUGAGCAAGACACAAUGACCUUCUCUGACGGCCUUACCUUGAACAGGAUUCAGAUGCACAAUGCGGGGUUUGGCCCCCUCACUGACCUCGUCUUUACCUUUGCCAACCAGCUCCUGCCACUUGAAAUGGACGACACCGAGACUGGCCUUCUCAGUGCCAUCUGUCUGAUCUGUGGGGACCGCCAAGAUCUAGAAGAUGCAGGAAAAGUGGACAAGUUACAGGAACCACUUUUGGAAGCUUUAAAGAUUUACAUCAGAAAAAGAAGACCCAAUAAACCCCAUAUGUUCCCAAAGAUAUUAAUGAAAAUCACAGACUUGCGCAGCAUCAGUGCAAAAGGUGCAGAACGUGUCAUCACGCUCAAGCUGGAGAUCCCUGGAUCGAUGCCACCCCUUAUUCAAGAAAUGCUGGAAAACUCGGAAGGCCAUGAUCCCCUUGCACCUACAGCAGACACAAGCACAGAAACUAAUGGGAGCAGUGGUCUAGCACUUGAAGCAACUUCCAGCCCCAGUGUGUCUCCCAGCUGUGCAGCCCAUGGACCAAACAGCCAGGUAUCCAACACACAGUAAAUGGCGAGUGACCACAACCAUUCCCAAAUGUGAUAGCUUCUUCUCUCCUUUGCUCUGAGACAUCAAGCUCUGAAGGACCAGGUUGAUAAGUGUAUUUCCAACACUGACACCACGGAGGCUCAGGACUCCAAUGGACUUCUGGACAUGGGAAUGCUGAAUCCGAAACUGUGUAGGCCAGAGGCAGGCCUCCCAGGUUGCGUGCGGUAUGUUCAAAGCCUGCGGUCUGGUAAAACUAAUCUGUGUCCACUAUUGCAUGCUGGGAAGAAGCUGUGGAAAAUUAUGUCGAACUCUGAUUAUUACUUUAUUUUGCAGAAUUACUCCUCAAUGUAUUCUAAAUUUCUAUGCUGGAGUUUCUGGUGCUUUCUCAUUGCCUUGCAUAUCAUGUCUAAACACAUACACCAAGUUAUGGAACAAAGCCUAAGUACAUAAAUCAGGUGAGUUAUGCUUACAGAAUUCUUUGGUUUAGACAACAUGGGACAACCAUUAUUAUUCUCAAUGUUACUGUUGCAUUCUCUUGUAUUUCUUAGUGAAAAAAUACCUGAAGAUUAGGAUUUUAUCCUCAGUACACCAGCAUUCAAUUUUGUCAAAUAAACAAGGACAUAUUUCCAUCUCUUUUUGCAAUGAAAAACAAAGUUUAAGAUUUAACUUUUUUUAAAAAAAAAUGCUAGCACUUUGGGUGCUGGUAAUAAUUGUUUCCCACUGGCACGGUUAGCCUACCCACUACCAUGUUGUUUGUAUGAAUGUUUACAGUUCACAAGCACUUAAGUAACAGAAUUUUUUUUAAAAGAAAAGCAACUCUUUGCGUACAUUUAGCCUGAACAUAUUAUUUUUUGUGGUAGGGUUCACUCAUUGCCUACUGGUUUUGUGCUAGCCUAAAGAGCUAGUAAAAAAGUUUUGUUUAGUUAUUUUAGCUGAGCAGAUUCGUUUCAUGUUCGGCAACAUAUCAAGAGAUAAAAUAAAGCACUGCAUGUUGUUUGCAGUAAAGAUAGCCUCCAAGGCACAACACUUUUCAGUGUUAUUUUGUUAUUUUAUUCGCUUGUACAUGAGCCAGUAAGUAAAUUUCAUCUGGUGGCUGACACACAUUAUAUCUCUCUGCAGAAGCGUGGUCUAUCGUAGAUUUGUUCUUGAGUACAGUAAUUUGAGUUUAUUGAACCAUUCUUGUAGUGUCUGAAGCACUAGUGGGGUGUUGCUUUCUAGCAUUAGGACUGCUCUGUACUUCAACUGGCUCAGUUUGUACAUUGAGAUUGUUUAACAAUGCUAUCUAUGUUCAUAUACUGUUACCUUUUCCAUCAAGUUUCCUGGCAAAAGAAUAAAGUAUAUUUAUUUUAAA